ACAAAAAAUUGAUAAGCCAAGUAAAUCCAAUUUACACAGUUGAACACAAUAGCAUAAAACUAUAAAACUGAGAGAAAGGGAAAUCGGAAUCAGUCAGAUCUAAGCUUCCACUAGCUGAGUCCGAUUCACCGGAGUUUAGUUCAGCCGUUGGAUCGGAUUCUCUCUUACCCAACAAUCCAUCGAUUCGUUCAUUUUGGCCUAUCAGUUCCUUUUGCUCGCUUCAAAUUUUAGGAUUUGAUUUGGAAUUUGGAAGCGGGAAUAGCUUUAUAUCAAUCUUCACAAAUGGGUAGCCAAGACAACAACGCAUUGUCAUCAAGUUCAUUUCUAGAUGACAAAUCUGCCAAGGUUUUUGUUUCCGGUCACCGGGGUCUUGUUGGCUCGGCCAUUGUUCGCAAGCUGACUCAACUUGGGUUCAGUAAUCUUAUCGUGAGAUCUCAUGCGGAGCUUGAUCUCACUCGACAAUCUGAUGUUGAAGCCUUUUUUGCAUCCACAAAGCCUGAGUUUGUGAUUGUAGCUGCUGCUAAAGUUGGUGGAAUUCAUGCCAACAACACCUAUCCUGCUGAUUUCAUUGCCAUCAACCUCCAAAUCCAGACCAAUGUCAUCGAUUCUGCCUAUCAUAAUGGUGCUAAGAAGCUAUUGUUUUUGGGUUCCUCUUGCAUUUACCCAAAAUUUGCACCACAACCGAUCCCGGAGGACGCUUUGCUUACCGGCCCAUUGGAGCCCACAAAUGAAUGGUAUGCAAUUGCCAAGAUUGCCGGGAUCAAAAUGUGCCAAGCUUACAGAAUUCAGCAUAAGUGGGAUGCAAUUUCAGGGAUGCCGACCAACUUAUAUGGACCAAAUGACAAUUUCCAUCCUGAGAAUUCUCAUGUUUUACCUGCUUUGAUGAGGAGGUUUCACGAAGCGAAAGUCAACAAUGCCAAGGAGGUAGUGGUGUGGGGUACGGGGAGUCCAUUGAGGGAGUUUUUGCACGUUGACGAUUUGGCUGAUGCAGUUGUCUUUAUGAUGGAAAAGUAUAGUGGACUUGAGCAUUUGAAUGUAGGGAGUGGAAAAGAGGUUACUAUUAAGGAAUUGGCGGAGUCGAUGAAGGAAGUGGUAGGAUUUGAAGGCGAUCUUGUUUGGGAUAGUACUAAGCCGGACGGAACACCAAGAAAACUGAUGGAUAGCUCGAAACUUGCAGCCGUUGGUUGGACACCAAAAGUCUCUCUCAAGGACGGGCUUGUGGAUACCUAUAAAUGGUAUUUACAGAAUGUCAAACAAUGAUUCUCCUGGUUAAGCAGAAUGUGUCAUAUUAUAUUUUAUAGAACCAAACCAUGUAUGGUAAUGUCAUUCAACAAUUUGAAUAGUUUGAUAGUGAAGAGUUAGCAAUCAAAUGAAGAGUUGUUAUGAGGAAGAAUGUCAUUUAACAAUUUGAAUAGUUUGCAACCAAAUAAAGAGUUGUCAUGAGAAAGAACUCCAAAGUAGUCUCAAGUGAUACGAAGAAGGGCGACUUUAUGCUCAAGAAGGGUGACUUUAUGCUCAAGCAUGUGGUUGAACUUAUCAUGAUUAAAAAAUUAUUCCCUAAAUAGAAAGGUCCAUACAUAGUUCAUCAUGGCAUAUACAAGCUAGAAGAGUUGGAUGGACGAGUCGUUCCUAAAACAUGAAACUUAGUGAAUCAUAAGCAUUACUAUAGUUAAUAUUUUAUUUCUUGUUGAUCAAAUAAGGCAAUGACAUUCAUCCGGUCAAUGUAAGUGUUUCCAAAACUCGUUCAAUAAAUAACAUAAGUAGGAUGACACUCUUUUCUCU